AUGGCCAGCGGCGGCCCCGACCGCAUCAGCGCCCUCCCCGACGAACUCCUCCACCACGUGCUCUCCUUCCUCCGCGCGCACGAACUGGUGCGGACGUGCGCGGUUGCGCGGCGCUGGCGCCACCUCUGGAAAUCCGCCCCCGCCCUGCGCGUCACCGGCGUCAAGGGGUGCAAGAACUCUGGAUGGUUCGUCAACUUCGUCCGAACCUUGCUCCAGCGUCGCGACCCCGGCGCCCACCUGGACUCGUUCGAGCUCGACCUCGACGAGCGCGACUUCGAUUUCGUCAAGCCGUUCCUCCCCGCCAACGAGUGGCACGUGAACGGCUGGUUCCAGCUCGCCGUGGCGUGCGGACCCCGGGUGCUGCUGGCGCUGCGCACCACCAGUGGCAUCUACGAGAACCCGGGUGACUACGAGACUCUAGAGCUUCUCAAUCUCCCUCUCAUAUCCCGCCACAUCACGAGAUUGGAACUCCAGAUGGUGUCUGUACGUGGGAGGACUCUCAAUUUCUCCGGGUGUCCGGCGCUGGCUGAUCUCAAGAUGGAGGAGUGCGACAUUAUGGGGAAUAUCUCUUCCCGGUCCUUGAAACGGCUCAGCAUCAUCUCGGGUAAUUUUCGGACAGAUCCCUUCCGCGCCCGGAUCUUUUUGCCUAGCCUUGUUUCCCUCGAGCUCAUCGGCGCAAUGCGUAGGGCUCCGGUACUGGUCGAGAGCAUGCCACUCUUGGUUUCAGCAAUUGUUAGACUUGAUUCUACCUGUGUUGAUUCUUGUCCUAAGAGUGACUACGGAGAUUGUCAUGAUCGUCAAUGUUAUGGUUGCUAUGGUGCCGGUGCUUAUGAUAGGCGUGGCCAGUCCGUGCUUUUGAAUGGAUUGUCGGAAGCUGCGGAGUUGGAGUUGUCAGUUGAUUCUCAAGUGUUUGUUAUCAAUCGGGAUUUGAAAUUAUGCCCUACAUUUAGCAAAUUAAAGACCCUGUUGCUCAGCGAAUGGUGCCCCGAUAUUGCUAGUGACCUGAAUGUGUUAAGUUGCUUCCUCCAACAUUCACCAAUUCUUGAGAAGCUCACACUCCAGCUCUCUGAGGUACCUAAAGUUCCAGUGGGGACACAAAGAAGUUACACCCCAUCAAAUCAAUAUUUUGCAGGCAGCCAUCUGAAGAUUGUUGAGAUCAAAUGCGACGAGGAUGAUGCGAGGGCUCGCAAGGUUAUGAACAUCUUGAGCACCUACGGCAUACCACUCAGGAAGGUCAAUAUCCAGAUAAAUAAGAAAACUUCUGGAUCUUAAUGUCAGCUAAGC